CAAAGUACGGUAUAAUGUUGUAUUUGUUUGUUAUUUUCUAGUUAAACUACCGUAAACCCUAAAGAUUCAAAUACUCACCACUCUACCUGUCUCGCUCCGCAACCCUCACUCUGUCUGUGUCUCUCUGCCCCUCCUUAUUUUUUCUCUCUCUAAACUCGGAGACGCCCUUUCUGGUUACAGUUGAGCUCCAGCUAGGGUUUAGUUACCUCCAAGAUCAAUCUCGAUUUUUGAAUUUCGGGUUUGGAAUUCAAUUCUUAGUCCAGUUAUUGAUUCUUAAUAUUCCGUCUAUGGAUCUCCCUAGCCUAGCUUUAAUUCUUCAAGCUGCCCUCAGCCCUAAUCCCGAUGAACGCAAAGCCGCCGAGCAAAACCUCAAUAAGUUCCAGUACACGCCUCAGCAUCUGGUGAGGUUGCUGCAGAUCAUCGUGGACAAUAAUUGCGAUAUGGCAGUGCGGCAAGUUGCUAGUAUUCAUUUCAAGAACUUCAUUGCAAAGAAUUGGGCACCUCAUGAGCCUGAUGAGCGAUCAAAGAUAUCGCAAAGUGAUAAGGAUAUGGUGAGGGAUCACAUCCUUCUGUUUGUUGUGCAGGUUCCUCCUUUGUUGAGGGUACAGUUGGGUGAGUGCCUCAAGACAAUUAUCCAUGCUGAUUACCCUGAGCAGUGGCCAUGUCUUCUGGAUUGGAUCAAACAUAAUUUACAAGAUCAGCAAGUUUAUGGAGCUCUUUUUGUUUUGCGUAUUCUUUCUAGAAAAUAUGAGUUCAAGUCUGAUGAGGAGAGGACCCCUGUUUAUCGUAUUGUUGAGGAGACAUUCCCACACAUUCUCAGUAUUUUCAACAGGCUGGUCCAGAUUGCAAAUCCAUCAUUGGAAGUAGCAGAUUUGAUCAAGCUUAUUUGUAAAAUAUUCUGGUCAUCUAUAUAUUUGGAGAUUCCAAAACAGCUAUUUGAUCCAAAUGUCUUCAAUGCUUGGAUGAUUCUUUUCUUAAAUGUUUUGGAGAGGCCUGUUCCUGCAGAGGGUCAGCCUGUAGAUCAGGAGCUUAGGAAGUCAUGGGGGUGGUGGAAGGUGAAGAAAUGGACAGUUCACAUUUUGAACAGGCUGUACACUCGAUUUGGAGAUUUGAAACUCCAAAACCAAGAAAACAGAGCUUUUGCUCAAAUGUUUCAGAAGAAUUAUGCAGGGAAGAUUUUGGAGUGCCACUUGAAUUUGUUGAAUGUGGUACGUGUUGGUGGAUAUUUACCUGACAGAGUUACAAACCUAAUUCUGCAGUAUAUAAGUAACAGUAUAUCAAAGAAUAGCAUGUAUAAUCUCCUGCAGCCACGUCUUGAUGUGCUUAUUUUUGAGAUUGUUUUUCCUCUUAUGUGCUUCAAUGACAAUGAUCAAAAGCUUUGGGACGAAGACCCUCAUGAAUACGUCAGGAAAGGUUAUGAUAUUAUUGAGGAUUUGUACAGCCCGAGGACUGCUUCGAUGGAUUUUGUCAGUGAAUUGGUUAGAAAACGUGGGAAGGAGAACCUUCAAAAGUUUAUUCAAUUCAUUGUAGGAAUUUUUAAGAGGUAUGAUGAAGCACCAGUAGAAUAUAAGCCCUAUCGACAAAAAGAUGGUGCUCUACUCUCUAUUGGGGCACUUUGUGAUAAACUGAAACAAACGGAACCUUACAAAUCCGAACUGGAGCGAAUGUUGGUGCAACAUGUUUUCCCUGAGUUUAACAGCCCUGUUGGUCAUCUUAGAGCAAAGGCGGCUUGGGUUGCUGGACAAUAUGCUCACAUUAACUUCUCAGACCAGAACAAUUUCCUUAAAGCCUUGCACAGUGUUGUUUCUGGGCUACGUGAUCCAGAGCUUCCUGUUCGUGUUGAUUCAGUUUUUGCAUUGCGAAGCUUUGUUGAAGCUUGCAAGGAUUUAAAUGAAAUCCGCCCUAUUCUUCCUCAACUGCUUGAUGAGUUCUUUAAACUAAUGAAUGAGGUGGAGAAUGAGGACCUGGUUUUUACUCUGGAAACUAUAGUGGACAAGUUUGGUGAGGAGAUGGCACCUUAUGCUCUAGGCUUAUGCCAGAAUUUGGCUGCUGCAUUUUGGAGGUGUAUGAACACUGCAGAAGCUGAUGAUGAAGCCGAUGAUCCUGGUGCUUUGGCAGCAGUUGGUUGUUUACGAGCUAUAAGCACAAUUCUUGAAUCAGUUAGCAGGCUUCCUCAACUUUUUGUCCAGAUUGAGCCAACUUUGCUGCCUAUAAUGCGUAAAAUGUUGACAACUGAUGGUCAAGAGGUGUUUGAAGAAGUUCUGGAAAUUGUUUCAUAUAUGACCUUUUUCUCUCCAACAAUAUCUCUGGAUAUGUGGAGUCUUUGGCCUUUGAUGAUGGAAGCAUUGGCAGAUUGGGCUAUUGACUUCUUUCAAAAUAUUCUGGUUCCCUUGGACAACUACAUAUCAAGGGGAACUGCAAAUUUCCUCGCUUGCAAGGAUCCGGAUUACCAACAAAGCCUUUGGACUAUGAUUUCAUCUAUCAUGACAGAUAGAAAUUUGGAGGACAAUGAUAUUGAGCCAGCACCAAAGCUGAUUGAAGUUGUUUUCCAGAAUUGUAAAGGUCAGGUGGAUCAGUGGGUUGAGCCAUAUCUGAGAAUCACUGUUGAGCGGUUGCAUCGAGCAGAAAAAUCAUACUUGAAAUGUCUUCUCAUUCAAGUGAUUGCAGAUGCCCUUUACUAUAAUGCAGCUUUGACGCUAAGCAUACUGCAAAAGCUUGGUGUUGCUGCUGAGAUUUUCAACCUUUGGUUCCAGAUGUUGCAACAAGUGAAAAAGAGUGGCGCACGUGCUAAUUUUAAGAGGGAGCAUGACAAAAAAGUUUGUUGCUUGGGGUUGACAUCACUACUUGCACUUCCUGCAACUCAAUUACCAGGAGAGGCCUUGGAGCGUGUUUUCAGGACCACUCUUGAUCUCCUAGUUGCAUAUAAGGAUCAAGUUGCAGAAGCUGCAAAGGAAGAAGAAGCUGAAGAUGAUGAUAUGGAUGGUUUCCAAACUGAUGAUGAAGAUGAUGGUGAAGGGUCUGACAAGGACAUGGGAGUUGAUACUGAGGAUGGAGAUGAAGCUGACAGCAUUAAACUUCAAAAGUUAGCCGCACAGGCAAAGGCUUUCCGUCCACAUGACGAUGACGAUGACUCAGAUGAUGACUACAGCGAUGAAGAAGAGUUGCAAUCACCAAUUGAUGAGGUGGAUCCUUUCAUUUUUUUUGUGGAUACUGUCAAAGUCAUGCAAGCCUCAGAUCCAUUGAGGUUCCAGAAUCUUACACAGACACUGGACUUCCAUCACCAAGCACUAGCAAAUGGUGUUGCUCAGCAUGCUGAACAGAGGAGAGUGGAGAUUGAAAAGGAAAGAAUGGAGAAGGCAUCGGCUGCUGUUGCUUCAUAACUUGAGCCUUGAAUGCAAUGUGGCCAAAAUUUGCAUUGCUUUCACAUUCACUGCAUGUUCCAUUCAUUUCGGUAUGUUAUGGAUGGAUGGGGAGUCAUUGCCAGUCUCUUUGAAGCAUAUUUGAUUGGUUCAAUGGUCAUGGAGAUCAGUAGGCCCUGAAGGGUUUUCAGGUUCUGAUUAUUGGUAAACUGCAUGCCUGAGUUCCCAUAUACUAGGUAGAUUUUGGGAUUGGGAACUUUGUGCUGUAACCCACCAUAGUUUGAGGCAUUCAUUUUUUUUUUUUGGAGUCUGGCCAAUUCUAUGUCAGAAGAGGCCUAUCUCAUCACGUUUGUGUUGUCAUUUUGCUCUUUUUUAUUUUUCCUCCAAAAAAAUGUAUUAUUUAUGGGGUCUCCAGUUUGUCACCGUGUCUAUGCGGUUGCCUUCUGGGGAUAUUGGCAUGUUACCCCCAGGAGGGUCUCAGGCGUAGAGUCUAAGGUCUGGUAAUGUCACAUGGAUGGAAAUCAUUUGGGGUGGUGCAUGGAUUUAAUGAUAAUUUUUGGUAAGGGGUAGAAAGUAUUCCUUUUUUUUGAAAAAAAUUUUGUAAUUAGUCCACGAAACAUCAUCAAAAAUUGGUUUUCUUUGAGUUUCUGGUUUAUUGCUGCAGGGUGGCGGGGGAAGGGGAGUUCUAAGGGUAGCGGUUGCCACAGAUUGUAAAACAGUUGAAUAUUCUUUAUAUAAUGUGGUUUAAUGAAGAGGAAGCAAUUGGUUUGUAAA